GUCCUCAUCCUUCCCAAUUAUUUUGUUAAGGGAUUAGUUGACUAAGAAAUUAAGUAUUGGUCAGAUGAUGUAGCUCCAUGAAGUGUGUCAAGAGAUUUGUGGUUACUUAUAUGUAUAUAUAUAUAUAGUUGCAAACUAAAGCUAAGGUCACUCCAGUUUUCUUUGGUUUAAAUAAUCUACAAUAUGAACAACGUGUUUGUUCUUUUAUUUGUUGUCCUAGUAGCUUCAGCCGCUGCUAAAAAGGAAUGGAAACUCCGACAGCGACAAGGAUGCAAAUAUAAUAAAAGUGCAUGGAGUGACUGUGACACAACAACAAAUACCGUCAGCCGAGUUUUGACUCUAAAAUUCGGCGAUGAAGGAUGCCAACAGACGCAAAACCAAACUAUAACAUGUGAUAGGUUUGAAAGACUACAAUCAUGGAAAAUAAAAAAGACGGAAAGUAGAAGAGAAUGGCAGGAACAGAAACAACAAAGAAAAUAUCAAAAACAAGAGAUGAAAGAGAAUAAAAAACUUGUAAAAGAGCAACUUAAACGAUGCCGGUAUGCCCACAGUGAUUGGAGUGAGUGCGACCAAGCAACAAAUACAGUAUAUCGAAAUUUUACGUUGAGCGAAGGCGAACAGGGUUGUAAAGAAUCACACACUAUCACCAUAACUUGUGACAAACUUAACAGAAUACAGGCAUGUAAAGCAAAGAAAGCGGACCGUAAGCAAAAAAGACAAGACGAAAAGUUGCAAACGAAGCAAGAGAGAAAAGAGAAAAGAAAGCUUGAAAAAGGACAAAGACUUAAAUGCAAAUACAACAAGGGAAACUGGAGUGAAUGUGAUAACACAACACACACAGUAGACCGAGUUAUGACAUUAAGGGACGAAAAAGAAGAAGAAUGCGAACCAACCAUUAAUGUUACCAUUUCAUGUACAAAGUUUGAGCGUAUUCAACAGUGGAAAGCAAGAAAAAUGGAGCGCAAAAAUGAAAAGAAGGAGAAUAAAAUGUUUAUUAGAGAACAGAAAAAUGUUUGGAAAGAAAAUAAAAAGAUAGUUAAAGAACAGCGAAGACUCGGAUGCAGUUUUGAUGUUACCUUUAGUGAAUGUGAUCCUACAACUAAUAUGGUUACAAAAUCGUACAUACUAACGACAGAUGACGAUGAUUCAUGUGAAAACAGGUCAUUUGAAUAUUCAUGUGAUUUGCAUGAAAGAUUAAUGGGAAAGAAGAGAGAACGCCAAGACAAAAGAGCUAACAGAAAAAUAAAUAGGAAGCAGUUAAGACAACAGAGGCUUUUCAUCUCAUCUAAAGACUUUUGAAGAGUGAUCAAGAAAAAUCCACUUUUCAUCAUGUACAAUGUAUUAAGACUGAGACAAAAGUUUGUUCAAUUCUGCGUCAAAUAUUUUGUUUUAAUCAUAUUAAAUUGACGAACAACAGAAGACUUGGUAGUUUGGUGGUCAACUGAUAUCAAUUGAGAAAAUAGGCUAAUACUGAAAUCCAGUUUGAUUUUGAAUCUUAAUUUAAUGCACGAAUACCUAUUUGAAUAAACAUUCCGAAACAUAUUUGAAUUAUUGAUCUCUUUCAGCAUUAAUGGAUAGACUAUUUUUAAACGACACUCGUUUUGCAUUAGGUGUUUUAUCACUCUUUUUUUUUAAUAAAUAUUGUACAAAACAA